CCAUUUUGACGUAUAAUUUGACACCUGACAAAUUUGACAACUAUCAAAUUAUUGUAAAAUUGUGAUCGGGAAGCGGCUUUGUAUUAUAUAUAUAUUUAUAUAUUCUAUAAAAAUUGUGUGAGUGAUUAGCGCUGAAAAAGUUAAAUUGUUAAUUCGAAUCGACUAUACAAUUUUGGCUAGCGGUAGUAAUCAAAUGUUCCGUAUAAGAUCUAAAAAUUGGGUGAUACUAAUCCCGAAUGUCAUCCUCAAAUUUAUCCCACUCUGUUGCUAUGGACGUUGACGGUCCUAGCAGCGGACCUGGUACGUUAAAAAGGUGCUCCAGUGCCCCCAUGAUUAAUGAAACCACGAACGUAAUGUCUACUGCUAAUUCUCCCACAUCAAACAGAGACCAACAACCUUUUAUUUUCGGUUCUGCGUCACAAAUGAGACCUAGAAGGUUCAGUGCUAGUUUUAGUCAAGUUCCUGGGUCACCUAUAUUGGGGCCGCGUUUAACACCUCGUAUUAAUCAGCUUCGUCAAGAAGAGCACGAGGUUACGAGUAAUACUCGUGAAUUGGCGCACGAACGCGAAAUUCAUCAUACAAUGCAAAUAUCACAAUCUUGGGAAGAUCUCAGUCUUAUGAGUGAUAGUAAUGAAUCUACAAAGAAUAAUAAUCGCAUGGGUCCACUACAACUUAAUUUACCUAUAUGCGGUAGUGGUUUCAUAUGUAAUUCACCUUCUCCUACUAGAUCUGGUUUCCAGAGUCCAACGAGGUCUCGAACCAUUAUAAGAAGAAGUGCUAGUCCAGUUUUGCGUCCCAGUCCAUUGGGAGUUAAAAGAAAAUUGGAUGAUGAUAAAACAGAUUUCCACCUCAGUCCGCGAGCCAAAAGAGUUUACAGUUAUUCAGGCGGUGCUGAUAGGGUGGGUCUACUAACCACUACAGGCACAUCUUUACCUGGUUCGCUUAGUUCAGUCGGUACGCCCGAGUCCGUAUCCAGUGCCGAUUCUCCUAGUUUCAACAAUUUUAGAAACGUCGAUAGUCCUUCUCCGGGUCGUGCAAUGCCAUUAGAUAGUAUGUCCAUAUCGAAAAACGAUCAAGAAAUGACAGAGAGUCCCAGUUAAGUUGAAGUUUAUGUUAUUUUUGUUUUGAAAUAUUACAGUCGAUGUGGAAAUCUGUAAGUUUCUCUGGGAUGUGCCAAAAUUUUUUUAAUAAAUCGUAUAGAAGUGGAAACAGUUGAUAUUUGAAAGAGGAAAAUUUUGCUUAUUUCAUUUUGAAACUGAACGAGAGAAAAAAAAUAAUGAGAAAUAAGUCGAAUCCGUUUUUACAAAAAAUAAGUAUUGUAUUGUACAAUUUAUUUUUUUAAUGGUAAAAAUGGUUAAAAGACAUGCGUCUUUCUUGAAAUAAUUUCGUUUUUUAUUAUUUUUCAAAAUUAAUAUUGAUUAUAUUACACCGUUUGGAACGAAAAGAAGCAUUAAAAUUGUUUUGUAUACCAGAGCAUCAAAAAUAUUGUACCGGGUUUACCAAAAUGAUAUGUUUUGCAGUAAAACAACGUCUUCCAUUUUGCGGUAUAAUUUUGCAGCAAUUUUUGAAAUAAUUAAAAUAUAUGAACGUGGAACAGUUUGUAUUUUAGUUGGUAGGUUUUUUAUUUAUUUUUCCCGUGCGGUAAAUCAACGUUUUUUUUUUUGUUGAAAGGAAAAAAAUAUGGUUUAUAAGGUGUGCAAUAUCAGAGAGAAACGGACAUGUAUUGUUAGUGAUAAGGAAAAAUUUGAAUUGUUGAAUGCAGAUUGAAAUAUGAAACUGUUUCAAUUCGGAUUUCUGUUUAUUUGUAUAGAGAAAUUAUCGUAUUGAUUAGGUUCCGUUUAAAACGGGAACUUUUAAAUAUUUUGUAAAUAUGGUUUUUUUCGCAAUACCUUUUUGGAUAUUAACCAAAAUUAAAUAUCAAUUUCGUUUACUGCAGAGGGGUGUUAUACUGAUUUUCCAUUUGCUCUCUUAAUUUCAAUAAAUCUACUACAUAACUUAAAAUAUCGUUUUUCUUGCAAUUUACUGUUAAUAAUUUUGCUAGAUCCCCAAUUAGGUACACCUCUUGCAAGUAAUUCGAUUUCUUAGUAAGAGCUAAAAUUAUUGUGCAAAUUUUUAGAUAUAUAUAUAUAUAUAUAUAUAUUUUUUAUUUUUUCGUGAUUAUAUAUCUUAUUACUGUUAUUUAAUAAAAAUCAUCUAGUCUGUACAUUUACUUUCGUAUAAAGGAAGCAAAUUUGAGAGGUACUCAUAUUUUGAGGUUAGGCGAAAAAAUUAUUGUUGCGAAUUUAACUCCAAAUAAUCAAGAUUAGUAACUAAGUUUGAAUUUCUGGAACCGUUGACCAUAUUCAUACUGAAUACACUGUUUACACUACCACUACACCAACAUUCACAAUAUACACUGUCUGACGCGCGUUUCGAUAACCAAGUUAUCGUCUUCAGAGACUGAAGGUAAACUGAUCACGAUUAGAAUAACAAAGUAAAACUUCGAUAAAGAUUGUAAACCAAAAUACAAUGUCAAAAACAUAACCUAUUUACCACUCCAACUUCAAAACAAUGACCUGCACGAUUCAUAAGAUCUUUGAAAGUGCGCAUGCGAUCGGUCCUAAACUGAUUCGGGAUUUGACCCACGAACAAAGCUAUAUACUUUCUACUCUGUUGCAAUAUAAAUGUCUAUGGUUCUAGAACUACUUUUUCUCUUCUUAAUUUUUUGACAUUACGCCAUGUUUUUGGAGUUCUUCUUUUUCAGUACUUAACUCGUUGUUUACUACAAAAACAAUAUAACUUUUACGUGUGUCAGCAAAAAUUGUUAUGUUAAUCGAGUUGUAAUAAGAAACAGAAAUUAUGUAGUUUCUAUUAAUAUUCAAAGUAAAAAUCUUGAAACUGGAAGGAUUAAUCUUAUAAGUAAAAAAAAAUUGUUUUCCACUGUAAUAUUAAGUAGUUGAACGCCCUUUUGUAUAUUAAGGUAAUCGAAAUAGAUUGAGAAAACUAAUAGUAUCUCAUGAUAAAUUCAAUAUAAUAAAUAUCGUAAAUUCUUGUUAAUUGAUAUAUCUUCUGUUUAAAUAAUGAUAGUAAAGAGAAAUUAAUAUAGCAACAUUUUUUUUUCAAGCUAACAUAUUGACACCUCAAAAAAAUUAUAUUGUUCAAAAUCGAACUGGUUUUCGAUUAACUAUAAAUCUUUUAUUAUAGAAAUGUAUUUAAAAAAACAUUAUUAAAUAGCUGUAGUGCCUCCGUAUUCGUUUUCUUUUCAACUGCCAUUUCAACUGUCACGGUCAAGAACGCUAUAGUGUGUAUCAGUGCAAAUGCCAAAAGGAUUUUUUUGUGUAAUUAGAAAAGGAGCUUAUUACUGGAUAGUUUUAAUGUUUAUUUCAACAUUAUUUAAAUAUAUCUUUAAAGUAAUUAAUAAAUAUUUGCGUUCUUGUAAAUUGUCAGUUGACCGGAUUGUUUAAAUGGCUUUCUAAAUCCGUUUUGUAGAUUAAUUAGGAAUAAAUAGACUGAUUGAUAAUAUAUAAGUUCAUAAAAUAGUGUUUUUUUAGUUGAUGUGGUAUACACUACAUCUCUUAAAAUAUCCAAAGUUUUAAUAAACGUAUUUAUUCAC